CCCCCCUUUCCUUCCCCUACUCCUCUCUUCCCAAGCUGGAUCAGUGUGUAGGGAGGGCAGUCAUCACGCCAUCCUGAGCAGCAAGAGCUGACGUUGGACGAAGCUGCCAGGUAGCUGAAAAAAGGCACAGAAGGCAGCUGAUACCCACUUUUCUACGGUUUGUGUUUUUUUAGUCUGUAUCUGGACUUCAAGCAACACAGCGCCUGAGACAGCUCGUCUGAGCCACACUGUAUUGCAAUACUCGCUCUUCUCAAAGAAAAAGACUCCACUGAGCAGCAGAAUGCUGCCAGUGUCGCAGCCAGGUCUACAAUACAGAGCCUUUUAGUAACAUUGCAAAUUUCUUUCUGUUCAGAUAUUUGAAAUACAUACAUACACUUAUAUAUCAGUUCUCUCUUUUCUGAGGACACCUUUGGCUGUGGUUUUUUUUGUUCUUUUUUUCCUGAUGUGACUUCUUCAUCUUGGAAUGAUGGGGAUCUUUUUAGCUUAUAUUGGAUUCAUUUUCUUUUCAGUUAUGUAUAUUCAACAAGGACUUUCUACCCAAGCAAAAUUCACAGAGUUUCCCCGAAAUGUCACGGCCACUGAAGGGCAGAAUGUGGAGAUGUCUUGUGCUUUCCAAAGUGGCUCUACUUCGGUGUACCUUGAAAUCCAGUGGUGGUUUCUGCGGGCAGCUGAGGACCAAGAGGCUGGUGCUGAGGUGACAGGCACUCAGGUGGAAUUCCUGCCCGAGCGGGACCUGGACAGCGACGGCACGAAGAUCAGCACAGUGAAAGUACAAGGGAAUGACAUCUCCCACAAGCUGCAGAUUUCAAAAGUGAGGAAAAAGGAUGAAGGCUUGUAUGAGUGCAGGGUGACCGAUGCCAACUAUGGAGACCUUCAGGAAUACAAGGCCCAGGCAUUUCUCAAAGUCAAUGCUAACAGCCACUCCCGGCGAAUGCAAGCCUUUGAGGCAUCCCCGAUGUGGUUGCAAGACAUGAAACCUCGUAAAAACAUCUCAGCAGCUGUCCCAGGUAGCAUCCACAAUUCUGCCAAUCAGCGUGUACGUGCCACCUCCAGCCCCGAAGCAGCAGCCAAAAUCCCCAAACAAAGUCCACAAUCAGGUGCGAGGAUAGCUACAAGCCAUGGACUUUCUGUCCUGCUUCUUGUUUGUGGCUUUGUGAAGGGUGCUUUGCUUUAAUCUAAAAGUGCUGACUUUUUCCAAUAUCACUUUCUCUUCUUAAAGCAAAGAGCAAAUCGCCUGUAAAAUCCACGGAGCGGACAGCAAAGUUGACCCUAACCUCCAACCAUCACUCUGCACCCAAUGUACUCUAAAUCUCUACACAAGGAGCACCUUCUUCAGGAAGUACAAACAAAAUUACUAAAUAAAUAAAAUAAAAUAAAAUAUUAUAAAAAAAGAAGAGGAUACCACAUGUUUUCUUGAUAUAUCUUAUUUUCUUCGGCGUAUCACUGAUAUUUUAUUUGAAGAGAACUGGUGUGAUGUAAUCAAAUGUUUUGUAACAGCAAGACCUAGUUUCCUUUUCUUUCGGCAAGGAGAAGCCUCAUCCUUGACUUCUCAAGGGUUGGCCUGCGAGUCCUCAGUAUUACAGAAUUAACCAUGGAUGACAUUUGGUUUCCUACGCUGAAAGAACCGUUCCGGCCUGGAAGCAAAAAGAGGCCAAAUAAUGGAACAAACUAUAGUGAUUUAAUAUAAAUAGAAUACAUACAAGCUUUAUCAAAAAGUCUUUUUCUUAUUUUCUUUUUUUUUUUUUUUUUUUUUGCAUGAGGAAUAGGAAUAUUCUACUAAGCAGCUCAGCAGACUAUGGGAUGUUGUUUCUGAAAAACAUAUGAGGAUAUUUUUCUUUUGAGAUUUUUUCUUUUUGCUUUCCAAUAUACUAUUAUUUUCCCCCUUUGAGGUUUUUUUUUCCUGUCUUUCUGUUUGUUUCUUGUUCAAUGAUGGCAAGUACCAACUUAGGCCAGCCCCUGAUGACUAUGUGGAGGUUUAUAUAUAUAUACAUCCUUUUUUUUGUGUGUGUGCAUUCUAUAUUUCAAUGUGUUUUCUCUAAUUUUGCAACUCCUGUAUAUGCAAAACUAACUUAAAUUCUGUAAAUUGCUUACAGUCUGUGUGAUAUAACUUCAGAGUAGACAUACUUUGGUCCUCAUGCAAGCCAGUUUUUAAUAUUAUCUGUAUGUCGUGCCACCAAGAAACAUCUUUAUUUCCUUUUUGGACAAAACUCCACUUUUUAGUUUUUAAUUCAGUAAUGUGUGGAUUUUGUAAUGCAUAUCUUCACUUUGUCUGGUUUGGCCCCCUUCAGCCCUCUGUUUACUCUGUAAAUGCGCAUUAAAAUUUGUUAUGGUCUCUAGAAAAUGAAUUAUUUUAGUUUGUAUGUUGUGUUGGAGUUCAGAUGCUGAAAGCUCUUUGAACUUGUGACGUUUAUAGAAGAUGAAGUGAUUUAAUCACUAAAGACUGUAAAAUGAAAAUGCAGGUUUGCAGUCAAAUACUGCACAUAAAGGAAGGUUAGACACAGAAAAUAGACAAAUAAAUCAGAAUGUGUCUUUAAGGAUGUUCUUUUGGUAAAGAAUUUUAGGAAAGUGAAUUUAUUACACUGAUAAAAUAUAUUUGCAUCACAGCUCCUCCUACAUGGCCAAAGAAGUGUCUUUCUUUGCUUUUUCUGAAAGUGGAUUGUCAUUACUCAUUGAUAUUCUUAAUUAAAAUACUUUUUGUCUGUGAACUGAAUGUGAGAAUUUGGCUGUUGAAUGAUGUAAUAUGUGUUACAUGAAUUACAUUCAUUAAUGCAGGAAGCAAAAAUUGCUACCAUUUGCAGCUGCAAUCAGGAAGGUUUUUUUCUUUUUCCCGUCUUUCCACUGAUGCUGAAAAUUUCACACCCUUUCAUUUAUCAGCACAGACAAUCACAUACACCACAUGCUUAUUAUGAUCUAUUUAUAGCAGCAUUAAGUAGCUGCAAUGUGGUCAGCUGUGUGAUUUCUCCUCACUUUGUAAGUACUGCAGAAGAAAUUCUAAAAGUAUUCUUAUUAUUUUACCAGUCUGUGGCUUACAGGCCUAACAUUUUAUUUGAAAAUGUGCAUAUGUCUGAUGUCUUCCCCCAUUACUUUCAAAGGAUAAAGAACAAAUAAAAGCAUGGAAUCAACAUUUCAUUAACCUAAUGCUUUGAAAAAGGCUAAUAUAUCUUUGUGCAGAUUUAAUUUCCUAUUAAUUCUGUUGUAUAAGCUUGACUGGGACUAGUCAAUCUUUCUUCAGUUUUAAACUAGUCUUAGCAGUAAUAAAGAGAGCAGAAGUUUAGCACAAUGCAAGCAAAUCAGGUGUAACCAUCAGGAGAAAUAAAAUUUCUUUUAUUUCAACAUAAAAUUUAUGACCCACUUAGAAUGUUGUCUAUGGAGAAAGUUUUUCUCCAUAGUUAUAACAGUUUAUCAGGCUACUGACAAAGAAAUUAAAAACUGUUCCCAUUAAAAGGACAGAAAGAGGAAAGAAAAAAUCAAGGGUGAGAACUUUUUUGAGGUCUUGCUUUCUGAACACACCUGUGGAACCAAACUUUGAGAGUUCUGGAGAAAAAUCUCCAUUUUCUUUCUGAAACAGAUAUCUAUGACUGGACAAUGUGAGAAUAUCCUGCUUGGAGCCUGGAAACUUCAGUUUCCCUUGGUCUUAACUGGAACCAAAUGCUUAAUGUCACGUGUGCUUCAUUUGUUUACUGUAUCCAUAUAUCUUGUAUGAAUAUUCCAUGUACGCACAUACAGACUGCCCAUCGUGAUAUAGGGCAUUUGACAGUGCAGUCUAGCCUCACAUUGCUUAAGUUGUUACUAUGUUAAACUGAUGCUGUGUUUUGCUUUUAGUUGCUUGGAUAUAAAUCACCAUGUACUAGGAGUUCAGAUUAAAGAAUGAGCUGAAAUUAAAAGCAGAAUUCUAGACCCCUUGGUUAGUGUGAUGCAAGCCAGAAGACAUUCCCAUGUUGUGAUCUGCUACUGUACAACUGUGUCAGCAAAAACAAAAAAAAACCAAAAAACCAAAAAAAAACCCAAAAAAAAAAAAAAGGACAAAAGAAAUUUGUAGAACUUUUGAAAAGCCUUUAAAUUUCCCAUGAGAUACUAAGAGGACACAGAAAUUUUCCUCCUUCCCCUCUCAAAACAACACAUCCAAAUACUUCAGAUGAGUCUGAUCCAGCUGGUUGCAGAUCUAGAGCACAGCUUUAGUUUCUGCCAAUCUAUGUGGAUGCAGCAGCAACAGGAGCAGGUAUUACAUUUCUAAUUUUUAAACUGUGUCUUAACAGCUAUUCUUCAAAUUGAGAACAUGCCUGGAGCUCGUAGAAUUUCUCAAAAUGGAAGUUAAGGUGCAGUAGACACCCUUGUUUCUAAGAUUUUUGUUAUGAAUAAUAAUUGGCAUAGGAAUUAAAAUACUACUAUUUUCUGCCAUGUGCAAUUCUAGUUUGUAUUUAACACAAAUACAUUUUUUAAAAGUGGCUUAAUUAAAUCUUGAAAAGCUCCCUGUUCAGUAGGGUAUCUAGAAGGGUAAUUUGCAUCUAGCAUUGUAACAUCUCUCAACUCAAUAUCCUUAUUCCUUUAUAAAAUUAGUCCAUUUUUGAGGUGGUCUUUUACAUGACUUCUGCUUCUCAAUUUGUGUCCCCAGAGCCUAUAUGGUCACUUUCUUCAGGUCUUUCCAACAGGUUUUGUUUUUCAUAGAAGAAUAGAUUUGGGUAAGUAUUAAACACUUUUGUAUUUCAAGAUAUAUGCUAUCUACACUCCCACUCUUUGAGAUCUUAUGUAUCAUCAGUCUAAAAGAUAUGUGUUCCAACUCCAUAAGGUGUCAAUGACAGCCUUUUUAUUACAUGGAAAAAAGAUCCAUGGCAUUUUGGUACUGCUACCAGGGAUUAGUACUGCAACAGAGCCUGUCUCAAAAAUUCUCCUUUUCAAUGUUUAUUGAAUAUUCCUUUACGCUCUGGAACUUCAUUCAUAGAAGUUGCUGCAUAACAUGCUUGAACGUCUCUUUCUUAAUUGUAUUUGGUAGACUUUACAAGUCUAUUAAGAAAAAUACUAUAAAAUUUGAAUGGUAAGCACUGAAUGUAUCAGAAAUGGUUGUUUACUUUUUACUUAUUUUUCAGUCUCAAUAUUGAAUACUACCUGAAGGCAAAGGUCAGAAGUAGGUAUAAACAUGAGACACCACAGCAAAAAUUACAGGACUCUUUGGAAGUUCAUACUUUUUCAUCUAAUUCAGUGCUACUGUGAUUCAAAACCAGAUUAUAACCUAAAACCAGGGGGUUUUUUCACAUUCAUUCUUUAAAGUACUUUUGCUUCAUUCAAGUAAAGUGAGGAAACUGUGACCAGUGCAAAAAAUCUGAAUGCUUGCCUGAUAUUUUUCAGAGUUAAACACUUAAUUUCUAAUUAUCUUUAAUUUCUAAUUAUCUUAACUUCUAAAGAUUUUAAGCGAUAUCCUAAUUUAAGUCAUCAUUUAAGUAAUUAUUAAAGAAAACAACAAAAUUACCCUGCCCCCCAAAAAACCAAAACUGGCACUGAUGACAAUCUUAAAUUCCUUCCUUAAAAAAAAUUAAAUUAAAAAAAAUUUCAAACCUUUGUCAUUUGCAGAGUAUGGGAACAUUUUUCUAUGACAUUACUAUUGGUAAAUGUCAAAUGUGGCUUUUAGAGCUAAAAGCCUUAGGAACCAAGAUUGGGAUCAUAUUUUGUAAUAUAAAUUUUUAAAGGUUAAUCUUCCAUGAUUAGUUCAGCUAAACAAUGCUUAGCACACAGUAAAUUGAUUAAUGCAACUCACUAUAAAUGCUUUCAGUAUUUUGUUCUGAGCUUCCUAAGUCCUGAUUUAUUUCAUUUCACAGUCAUAAAGUUUGCACAUACAUUGACAUAGCUGAAAGAUUUUACAUAGUUUUUCUACUGUUAUUCAUCCAAAGAAAUGUAAGAAGAAAGUUAAUUUUGUCUGUAACAAUGAAUUAAAAUGAAUUGGUGAAGAUACUUGCAAAGAAACAAAUGUGUGCUUUUUUGAGAGUCAAGUUUAAUUGCAAUUCAUUAUUUAAAUUCUCCUUUUUGUGUUACUCUUUUUUUUCCAACAUUUCAAUCAACUUCUAAAACAAUGCUAUAUAUCUUAUUACUCAUUACAAGAUGACAGGACAAAAUAAUGAUGUCUUUGUUAUGAGAAAUCUAGGGGGCAGAAGUUUUAUUCAUUUAACAGCAUUUUAAGCUCUCACUGUUUAUCUCAAAAUACCUUGACAUAUAUUAAUACAUAUAUAGAGAGAAAGAAAGAAAGAUAGAUAUAGAUAUAAAUAUAUAUAAUUUCCAACUCUAUCAUGCUGAUAAUGGAGAUGACCUUCAGAUGGGAGCAAAUUAAUUUUUCAGUUAUUGAAAUGCUCUUCUACAUUGAUAUUACAGCACAGAAAGAGUUCUUAUAUGUGUAUGAAACUAUUUAUUGAGUGACAGCUCAUAAGGAAGCCAAAACAUACAUAAUAGACUAUUAAUUCCUUUCUUGUUUUUAUAUUCCAUGAGCUUGAAAAACAAGAGACAAGAUUGCAUUUGACAACUAGCUGCUUAAAAUAAACCAUUUCGUUCAAAUCUUUGAAGAAACAAAUUCCUUAUUAAAAUGACUUGUAUAACUAUAACCUUUUAAACUAUAUAGGGUUUAGAUUUUUAAGAAAAUAUAUAUAUUAUAUAUAUCCUUGUACAUAAAAUUGGGAAGAAAGGAGAUAAUAAUUUCUUUUGCUACUUCUGAUAGAAGAUUAUGUUCCUUGCUGCUGAUUGUCUUAAAUGCAAAAUGAUUUAAAAGACCUUUUAAAUUACUGGCAACCAUACUUUGAAAAAAAAAAUCCAAUUUUUCUGAUAAUUUAUAAUGCACUUUAGUUUCUGCAUAUUAACCCACACUGGUUUGGGUUUUAAAAAUGUUUUUUCAUCAUAAUAGAAAAUAAGUAAUCCAUACUUUAUUAAAAAUAAAUGUCAGCAUGUUUACAAAACCACCUUAAUGUCUUUUUAUUUGGUGAUUCAGGCACAAGAUAUGCUUUGUCCAUAUAUUUAAUCUGCUCAAUGGGGCUAAGCACUGAAAAAGACAGAGGAAAGUAGUUCCUAGUUGUUCCAUCUUCUAAUUGAAAUGCUGUGUAAGAGAGAAAGCAGAGGUAUGACUCUUUCUGUUUACCUACAACAGCCAACAAAGAACCUUCACCAGAUUUAACAAAACAAAUCACUGCUAUAAAAAAUAACAGUGGUAGUUCAACUUUGAAACAAGGUGAAAAACAAUGAAAUUGAAUGCAAUUUCUUUAGCAAAAUGCAAAGUUUUUUUCUUCCAAAAUUAUUACUCUCCCCACAAAUAUGAAAGAAGGUCUUGCAAUUAGGUCUUUGAACAGGAAAGUAUUUGUUGACCUCUUUCAACUGCACAAUGACAAUCCCAAAGAGACUCAGCUGUCUCCCUUUCACCAUCUCUGUCCUAUGUAUGACUAUUAAUUAUGAGGGCACUCAGAAGAUGAAUGUAUGUUACAGAAUAAUAAUUUUAUAUACUUACACCUUUUUUUUUUUGCAAUUUUUAACGUAAGCAUCUUUUUGUGUAAUUUAGUUAACUUUAUUUUAAAAAGUAAGGCAAUGUUUGUAUAAUUAAUUGUCAUUGUACAUAAUUUGUUGGAGUUUUAUUUCUAAAUAGUUACCAGCAUUCAAGAUAACAGAACAGAAUUUAAAAGUCUCCCCGUCAUUUUCUAAAGCUGUUUAUGUGUCAGAACUACUUGCAUUAAUGGAAACAACACAACAACAACAAAAACAAACAAAGAAAAACCCACCAAAAUCACAAACAAAACCCCUUCUCAUCUGGAGUUCUUUCUAAUCAGGAAUAGAGAUGCUGAGGAAAGGAGAUGACGAGAAGAAAACUCUUGAAGUGAUUCAGGUGAUAGUGACCUGAAAUUUACCUUUAACCUUUCCAGUGUAAUUCCUAGACUUAGCAAGGGAGUAAAUUUUGAAAGAACUUAAGAUGCCCAUGCAGCAGCAGAAAUAAUGAGUGCAAUGCUGCUGUCAUUCUUGUGUAAACCACAGGACCUACUGAGUUUACACAUGAGCACUGGGCAGAAGGGCAAAAUACCUGGCCUUGUGUGGAUUCUAGAAAUCUUAAUGCCUGGAGCUGCUAGAUACAGGCUACUCCCACCUUUGGGCAGGAUUUGUGUAACUAAAAAUUCGGUUUUCUUUUUAAAGUUCCCAACCCAUAGGACAAAUAAAGUAUAGAAUAUUGAAAAAUAAUGAAUAUUGAACAGAAUUCCUCAGGAGUCUCCCUUAUUCUCUGUUUGUGAUUGACACUUGUAAUGUAGAAUUCCAACAAAACUGAUCUCCUCAACAAUAACCUCCAUAGAUGGACUUGGAGAAUACUAUUUUAUGUGAAGUUUACAUCCCAACUUUAUUUCUUUCAAUUUUGAGAAAUAUGUCAAUAUUGAAAUAGAAUAUAGGCAAAUAGAAAGUAGCCAAAUGAUACAUUGUGCCAAAAUUCUCAGUCAAAAAAUAUUAAAUGUGAUUUCUCAAGUAUAUCUAAUAGUAAACUAAACUCUUUUAUUAGACACUUUCAAGAAUAGCUGAUUUUUGGUCAGGAAAUUUAAGGACAAAUCUGGGAAUUAUGCUUUAUUAUGCAUUUUAUUUCAAAAAAUAGCAAACAGAGCUGUUGGCAAAAUUAAAUGCUUAGUACAGUUAUCUAUAGAGGUAAACACUAUAGAUGUUUAAAGCAUUUGUCAUGGCAAUGUACAUGUAACACACAGAAUUGUAGAGACAGACCUGCUAAUGGUAACACAGUUCCUUUUCUCAGCAGAUGGAUGAAGCAGAUGGAAGACCUGUGUUUUCUUCACACUUUUCCUACUGAUCAGUAGUUGUCAGCAAUAAUGUCAAUUCUGUUCUGAAAAUAUGUAUGCAGUGAUUUUUUUUUCAUAUUAGCCUCAUUUUUUUUCAUCAGACUAGGCUUUUGGUAGGUUUGGGAAAUAUGUAACAUGGAAAAAAAAAAAAAAUGGGGCAGUUGUAUAGAAGUAUGUGGGCCUUCAAGUAUAUUCACCAGACAAAUGCAAUCAGAUUUUCCUUAGGAAGAGAAAGACAUAAUGCAUACUGUAAGAUGUAAGCCAUUUUACAUACUGUAAGAUGAAUUUCUAUAUAAAAUUAAUAUUUGAGACACUGUUCAGAAAGAUUUGGCCUUACAUAUGUCAAAAAAAGGAGGCUCUACUUGCAAAAUACCUGUUGCAAAAUUCUAAAAUAUUCUAUUUUCUUGUUGCUAGCUCUAUUGUAGUCCGCAUUAUGUUUCAACAAUUUAGGAUAAUAAGUUGUAUGACCUUGCUGAAGUGGAUGAGAAACAUUUGUACAAUCUGUUCCACCAGGUCAUCUUUGAAGGCUCUGACUGCCCAGCUAUAAAAUGGUAACAAGCAAGUGGAGGGGCAGAAAUGUCAUAAAACAAUCAUAGCUGUCAGGGGGGGAUUUCAAAAGAACAUCAUUCAGGAAGGUGACACAAGAUCUGCUAAUGAAUCAGCAAACAAAUGCUGACAAAUGUUAACAUUGGAAUAAUUUGUUUCUGUACUAACUGUAGAUCUUCCAGAGAAAGAUGAAUGUGCUCAAUGUGUCAGAAUCAAUGAAAAUACCAUUGUAGUGGUUAAUGGGCAAACAAGCAGAAAAUAUAUUAUGACAUAUAUGAAACAAGCUAUGUAAUAAAUUCUCAAAGUAAUAAAA